AGUUACGCCCAGCGGGUCUCUCUCUGAAGCGGCCCGGGACCUGUGUUUGCGUCCAGCCUGAGACCACCGUUUCCCUACGUCCCACCAGGGCUAUGGCCUCAUGCGACGAGGUACAGCAGCUGAUAAAAGAGCAUCCCCGCUCCUUGUCUAUGUGUGGCCAUGUUGGUUUUGAAAGCUUACCUGAUCAGCUGGUCGAUAGAUCCAUUGAGCAAGGCUUCUGUUUCAAUAUUCUCUGUGUGGGGGAGACUGGAAUUGGAAAAUCAACACUGAUUAACACAUUGUUUAAUACUAAUUUUGAAGAACUCGAAUCCUCACAUUUUUGUCCAUGUGUUAGACUUAGAGCUCAGACAUAUGAACUCCAGGAAAGCAAUGUUCGCUUGAAACUGACCAUUGUAAAUACAGUGGGCUUUGGUGACCAAAUCAAUAAAGAAGACAGCUAUCAACCAAUAGUUGAUUACAUAGAUGAUCAAUUUGAGGCCUAUCUUCAGGAAGAACUGAAGAUCAAGCGUGCUCUUUUUAACUACCAUGACUCUCGUAUCCAUGUGUGCCUCUACUUCAUUGCUCCGACAGGCCAUUCUCUAAGGACACUUGACCUCUUAACCAUGAAGAGCCUGGACAACAAGGUGAACAUUAUACCACUUAUUGCCAAGGCAGAUACAAUUUCUAAGAGUGAAUUACAGAAGUUUAAGAUGAAGCUCAUGAAUGAACUGGUCAUCAAUGGUGUUCAGAUAUAUCAGUUUCCAACAGAUGAUGACACGACCUCCAAGAUCAAUGGAGCAAUGAACGGCCAUUUGCCAUUUGCUGUUGUUGGAAGUAUGGAUGAGAUAAAAGUUGGAAAUAAGAUGGUGAAGGGUCGUCAGUAUCCUUGGGGUAUCGUACAAGUGGAAAAUGAAAAUCACUGUGACUUUGUAAAGCUACGGGAAAUGCUUAUUUGCACAAACAUGGAGGAUCUACGGGAGCAGACACAUAUGAGGCACUAUGAGCUGUACAGGCGCUGCAAACUGCAGGAGAUGGGCUUUGUAGAUAUGGGCCCAGAGAACAAGCCCCUCAGUCUUCAAGAGACGUAUGAAGCCAAAAGACACGAGUUCUAUGGUGAGCGUCAGAGGAAGGAAGAGCAGAUGAAGCAGAUGUUUGUGCAGCGGGUCAAGGAGAAAGAAGCCAUUCUGAAGGAAGCGGAAAGAGAGCUUCAGGCCAAAUUUGAGCACCUCAAAAGAAUUCAUCAGGAAGAGAGAAUGAAACUUGAAGAAAAGAGAAGAAUGUUGGAGGAAGAAUCGGUUGCUUUUGCUAAGAAGAAAGCUACCUGUGAGCUGUUCCCGAACCAGUCAUUUUUGGCGUCAGGUAGCAGCAUUAGGAAGGACAAAGACCGAAAGAAGUAAGAGUCCUGCUACCCUGUCCCGGUCCCUGCCCCUCACCAUCUGUCUCCUUGCCCUGCUUGCUCUUCUUUACUUGCUUCCGCACUGUCUGCUCCUGCUACCAACACUACCAAGACUCCGCCCUGGUCACCACUGUCCUCGCAGCAGCUAGAGUAGCACCUGCCGUGUCUUAGGGCUUCAGUAUUUACCAGAAUCAAGAGAAGCACACGAAUAGCAAGCCUCACAGCACAUAAGGGUUAGGUGGGGCAGGUGGGUGGAGUCGCUACCGUUACUUCACAGUCCUGCCGUUACUGCUCAGUAGCACCAUGAGUUAUUUUAUAUUUAUGUCUCCAUGGAAACUGCAUACUGAUGGAGAAUCAGAGUUAAGUACCUUAUUGAUGAAACUUUAAUUCUUGGGCUCAUUUAAACGUAUUUCUACUAAUCAUUGAUUUUGUGAGAAUUUGUUAUUUUAACACGGGAAUCAGGUAUCAGCUGGAUCUCCUGUGCUUUGAAGUCAGAGCUGGUGAGAGAAUGAUGGAUGUGAGGAAUGAGAGGAAGGUAGAAUGAGAGGGCCACAGUAGGGUCAGGGGGUGAGUAGCAGAUGAUCUCCAGCUCAUAGCUUUGAGAUAUGUGUUAAAGCCACAAGCUUUUGAAAGUAAGUUUACUUUCUUAUUUGAUAAUUUCAUUCAGUGUUUGUGCCCUUUGUUUUAUUCCUCCUAUUUUAAAAUAUCCCUUGUCCACUUUACUGUUUUUACUUCACGAAGCCUGCCAUGCCUUGUUCUGUUGGGAGGCCUUGUGUCAUAGGAGGCUGAGCUCUGCUGUGGUCCUCACAGAACAAGCUCCUGCUUCAGGGAACUCAGUGCCUACAUCUUGUGUAAUUAUUUGGUGAAAGAAUGAAUGUAUAAUAGAUGUAUUUUGAUUGAAGUUUUGGAUUUCAAGAUGCAAAUUAUAAAUAGAAUUUAUUACUAGUUUUACUGUGCUUUGGAUUAAAAAGAUGAGCUUUUCA